CGGUUGCCAUCAGCGCCAUUUUGUAAGUGUCACGCCUACGCCACACCAGGGCUUAGCGUUAUCUCACUGUAGAGGCCGUGCUAGGUCUCGACUGAGUCACGCUUAUCGCUGGGGGCAAAGCAACGGAUGAAAGGAACGGUCAUUCCAGCGAACAAUAUAUGACGUACAGUCGCCGCGGAAAAAGAGCGGCAAUAUCGCGACACGCUUUCAUCACGGCCCCCACUGCUUUGAAAAACGGAAUGUGCCGUUCCGGCCGCCAGUCACUCGUGGUAAUCUUUUUCUGCUGGAACUGUACAUGCGCAUUGCCUAGGUCUCGACUCCAGGCGACCCCAAGCGCGAGCGCUAGGUGGCGCGAUGAUGCAAUUCGGCUUAAAAUCCCUAUAUAAGAAAAGUACCGCCAUCCUUUGAUAAACGCCGCUUCCCUCUCUCCUGUAUCUCCGAUUGGACGAUGAUAGCGCGCGCUUUUCACUUCUUUAUAUUUUCUUUUUUUCCGCCUCAGAGCCAUGUUGAAAGUCCUCUGCGCAGCCGCAGUCGCCGGCGGUGGCGGCGGCGCGCGCCCGGCAUGAAAACUUCAACGUGGACUUUCUAGGCGCGCCACCGUCGACUUGGCUUUCGCAGGCAAAAAGUAAAGAAAAAAGCAAGCGCUUUAGGAGAGGAGGCGGCGGAGGAAAGAGUAGAUGGCGGUACUUUUCUUAUAUAGGGACUUUAAUUCGGCUUGUGCUCGCAAGGCUCCGUUAUUUCUUGCUUACCGCAGUAUAGGUACGGCCAAUACCAGCCAUAAGCGUUUGACGUUCUUACCAGCGCCGCCACAGAAAGAAGCAGGCAGUGGGACCGAACAAAGAAAACCGAGGCAUUUGAAAAGCCCAUGUUGAGGUGAGCGUCGAGCCUGUCGCCAUUCGUGACUCAUCGGAAUUAAGCCCGAGAUUUUCCCGUGUUGAAGACUCCUUACAUAGGCGUCUCCUGCAACGCUAACUGCGUCGAGGCAACGAAGUAGCCACCAGAUCGCCGGAUUUCUUCAGGUGACCACCAGCGUCGGCGACAUGGCGGACGCAUCGGGCGAUAAUGCAAAGUCCAGCUUCGAAGUACAGCUGUACGUGUACGACCUGUCCAAAGGAAUCGCCGAAGAACUUUAUCCCGCCCUCGUCGGAAAGCAGCUGCCCGACGUAUGGCAAACGAGUAUAGUCGUCCACGGCACGGAAUGCUUCUUUGGUCCGACGGGGAUCGGCAGCUGUUCGCCGGGAAAGACGGCCCUCCGGAAACCGAACCGGGUCAUCAGCCUCGGUCGCACGGAACUGCCUCCUGACGCCUGCUUGAAGUACAUCCGCGAACUGGGAGAGUCCACCUACAAGGAAAGCACGUACAACCUGUUCCGCCACAACUCCAACAACUUCUCGCAAGACGUCGCCUUGUGCUUGACGGGCAAUUCCAUUCCGGCAGAGAUCCUGGAACCCCUCGACGAGUUCCUGUUCAAGUCACUUGGCAGCGCUCUGGUGACUCUCUUUGAGCGUUUCUCGAGUCGAAUUAAUAAGGUGUGGGAACAGGGUUCUCCACGCGGAGCACACGAAAGCAGGGAGAGCUCGCCCUCCUCAGGAGGCUUUCGCCGCCUACAGCCCCGCUUGGCUCACUGUAGAGCGCCACAAGAGACGAGUCCUAAUGCAGGACGGGAUGAAAAGCGCGAGGAUCAAAGCGGCGACGACCAACCCAUCUUCUACCCUCAGGUCGACGGCAGCGCCGCUUUCAGGGAACUCCAAGGACACCUGAAAACAACCGCCAUCACCAAAAACGAGCGGUCGCAGCUGGACCUGCUCCGCGAGUACGUCGUCACUGGCAACAACGCUUGGGCGCUGGGCCCCGAGCUGCUCGACCUGUUAGAAAAGCUGCUGACGUCGCGCGACGUGAAGUCCGCAGUGCGGCUGUCAUUACUGCGCGUGCUCCAGGCGGUGGCUUUAACCAAGGACGUCAUCCUCUUCUUGCACCAGGACCGCAGAAAGCACGUUAUCAUGAGCUACGUAAACCGAAUCGCGACGCUUCCUCCGCAGGAGCAGGAUGAAGUGCUCAAGUUGCUCUGCAACCUGUGCAGCCAAGUGGCCAGCUGCGAGUGGCUGCUGUACAUAACCGAGUGGCAAGACAACACCGGCCGGGUAUGCAGCAACGCUAAAGCCACCGUCCGCGCCGUUGUCCACGGGCUACUCAGCGACCGACUUAUCGCACACGAGCUCGGCGCCGCGCUCGUCUUCAACCUCACCGCUAGGGAGCUGUUCGAUGGCGCUGCCGAGGAGCUGUCGACGGCGAUCACGCAGUUCUUGCAGGGCGAUGUCAGCGAAGAGCAGGUCUACCGCUGCUUGGCGGCUUUACAUCGCCUUCUGCGUGUCAGCUACAAUGACGUGUCCGCCAAGGUCCAGAAGAUCACGCCGUACUUGCAGAAACUGUCCGGCUCUUCUGAGCGUGUCAAGAAGCUGGUCCGUCAGAUUCGCAGUAGGAUUUCGACCUCCGCACCAACACGACAGCAAUGAUGGGACGUUUCCAUACACGGCACAUAUUCUGUAAUAAAAAGGAAACUGCGCGGGCGCUGUGUACUAUACACCAUCAAACACAGCGCAAGCAUUUUACUCAAAGUUGUCUGCUUUAUGUGGCUCUCGAUCAUACACGAACUUCGGCCGUCCUAUGAUUUCGAUAACGAGGGGCCAAGCCAAGUAACAUGAACCGCCAAACAAAGGGAAACUUUUGUUUUCGUAGCUGAGUUACACCCGUGUCACACGGGCAAACUUUAAAGGCCUUCCAGUUGACGACCUUCGAAACACCACAACUAAUUAAGGAUUUUGUAUCGACAACGGAGCAGCCAAUCAAUGACAGUUUAAGGUUUUUAGACACUGAAAUUGUUUUUAAGCCCCGUCAUGUGUGCUGCUCUCCUCGCUUAAAGAAAGGGCUUCUCCCGUUUUCGUCCGCACACUCCAAACUGUUAAAAAGAGGCAUCACUAAGGCAUGUUUGCGAGCCGCUCUCACGCGUUCGUGGGAGCACUCUGUUGAACAGAGCUUUUCAACACAGGCCAGCCGACUAAAAUUAGCAGGCUACCCGACUACACCGUGUUGUGCAGCGUUGCUGGUGACCUGGUGAAAGAGUUAAAGAAUACAGGAAAACAAACUCUGCAGUCACGGCCUUCGAAAUCUAGGAUUGCUGUCAUUCCAUAUGUACACCGUGUUUCCCAUAACAUUACGAAAAUUGCGGCUAAGUCAGGAGUGAGGGUUAUGUGCAAUGCCCCUAACAAACUGAGCGCGUUGGGCAAAAUAGUCAACGGGGUAGAUACUGUCGCGCGAAAAAACUGCUCUAAGAAGCAUGCUCGCAAGUUCAUUGAUUGUACAACGCAGCUCGUAUGUAGAAUCCCGCUCACAUGUAACCGUUGCUAUAUAGGGUGAACGGAGAGACGCAUCAACGAUCGCCUGCGCGAGCAUGCUGCUUCACUAAAAGGUAACCCGUACAGUCAUCUGGCUACCCACUGUAACAUGUGCGGUUGCAGCCCAAUCUUUGAAGAGUGCAAAAUAAUUAGAAAAUAUCGUGAACAGCGCGCACGUGAGAUCUUCGAGACUUUUUAUUCACAAGUGGCGACGCAUGCGGUCAGUUCUGCGUCCCUCACGCUGUCAACAAAAGAACUGGAUUAUCUUCGUGGCUAACGCUUAUCCUUCUCCUUCUUUCUCUUUUUCUUUCUUUCUUUCUUCUUUCUUUCUUUCUUUCUUUCUUUCUUUCUUUCUUUCUUUCGUGUGGCCUUCAAUGAUCUCUUUAUCUGCCGCUUCUGGAAAUAAAGCAUUUGGUUGUUAAUCUGCGCCCUGUCCUGUGCUCGUUACAUGUCCUGUGUCGUGCUGUUUCUGUAUUUUUCUAACCUCAACUCUGUCGACUCAAAGGAGUUGAGGCGCUGUUACACGGCACUCUUGAAAGGCCGUUGAGUGGUUCAGGCGUUUCUCGCAAAAACGGUGUGGCGCUGCGGAAUUUUUUGUUUCCAUGUCACCAGCAAGCCCUCGUGCAAAAGAGCCAGGGCGGCGGCCUUAGCCAGCGGAAUCCCGGAAUAAGGAUCCGACCACCCUUCCCCUAACUCCCCUCUCCUUUUCCUGUCAAUAAAAUGUUUUCAUCAUCAUCAUGUCACCAAAAGUUAAAUAAUAUUCAAUCCACUUAAAAGCACGAAAGUUUCUUUCAUUUUUGUUUCGACAUUUUAAUAAAGUGUGUAUACAUUGUUUAUAAAUUUUUUAGGGCAUUUUGGUUUGAUUUUUGUUUUUCUUUCUAAGCGUAAGCACGAGCACACCAUAGAGAAACAUACUACGUAAACAUACUACGUAGUAUGUUUCUCAUGAGCACACUAUGAACGAGAGGGCACAUUCGCGCCGUUCCUGCUUCCGUUGCUCAAAGGCCAUCGGGGUUUCUCGUAGAGUUGCAGGGUGCUCAGUUGACUCGAUAGAAUACUGACUCAGCGGCCUUCGAAACCGCCCGUGCAGCAGCUCAAACUUGACCUUUGAGUCAACGGACUAUCGGUUGGAAGGCCUUCCAAACGCCCGUGUACCACGGGUAUUAGUUUCUGCAGUUU